GUCUCUUUAGUCUUCAGACUCUCAGCUUUUUCUCAUCCAGCUUUUUCUCCUCCUCUUUCCUUGGGUCGUGCUCUCAUCGUCCUCCGCUCUCGCUUUCCGUGCGAGACAACGAGCACACUUACAACGGUCCUCGGUCAUGGCGUCCUCCCAGGCUGCCUUCCCGUCCAUCUUCUCUGGCUCGUCGCGCGUUUCGGUCGACAGUCCCGCCUUUAUCGGCAUCCUGCCCUCGGGUAGCUGGCUCUACACCACUGCUACCAUCGUGCUCUCGCUUCUCAUCCUUGAGCAGUCUGUCUACCGCUACAAGAAACGUCACCUUCCAGGCGACAAAUGGACUAUCCCGAUCAUUGGCAAGUUUGCGGAUUCGAUGAAGCCCACCAUGGAGGGCUACAUGAAACAAUGGGAUUCCGGUGCCCUGAGUGCAAUUAGCGUCUUCAACAUUUUCAUCGUGAUGGCGUCAGCAAACGAAUUCUCCAGAAAGAUUUUGAACUCUCCUACCUAUGCUGAACCUUGUCUGGUCCACUCAGCCAAGCAGGUCAUGCUAGCAGAAAACUGGGUCUUCCUCAGUGGCAAGGAGCAUGUCGAGUACCGUCGCGGUCUCAACCUGCUCUUCACUCGCAAGGCCCUCGGCCUCUAUCUCAGUAUUCAAGACGUGAUAACCCGCACACAUUUCGCUAAAUGGCUUGCUGAAGCGGCGAAGGACCCGUCUGCCAAGCCCGUCAUGAUGACUAUGCGCAACCUCAACAUGGACACGUCGCUUCGUGUUUUCUGCGGAAAUCACAUUCCCGAGCAUGCGGCCAAAGAGAUCUCGGAAAAGUACUGGCAGAUCACUACAGCGCUCGAGCUUGUUAACUUCCCACUCGCUCUUCCCGGUACCAAGGUCUACAAUGCGAUCCAGGCGCGUAAAGUCGCGAUGAAGUGGCUCGAAUUUGCUGCGCGCAAGUCAAAAGAGAGCGUCGCUGCUGGCAAUCCACCCGAGUGCAUGCUGGAAGAGUGGGUCACGAUCCUAAGCGAUCCCGCAUACAAGGGCCGUCGCGAGUUCAGCGACUUCGAGAUGGCUAUGGUCGUCUUCUCCUUCCUCUUCGCCAGCCAGGACGCCAUGUCGAGCGGUCUCAUUUACGGCUUCCAGCAUCUUGCGGAUCAUCCCGAAGUUCUUGCCAAGGUUCGCGAGGAGCAGGAACGCGUCCGUGGUGGCGACUACGAGAAGCCCGUUACCCUGGAGAUGAUGGAUGAGAUGCUGUACCUGCGCGCGAUGGUCAAGGAGACCCUUCGCGUUAAACCGCCAGUGACGAUGGUCCCAUACAAGGUGAAGAAGGCGUUCCCUAUCUCUGAGGACUACACUGUCCCAUCUGGUAGCAUGGUCAUCCCCUCAUUCUACAACUCGCUGCACGACCCAGGAGUGUUCCCGGAGCCGGAAAAGUUUUUGCCCGAGCGCUGGCUCGACCCGGACAGCAGCGCGAAUACGAAUCCGCGAAACUAUCUCGUCUUUGGCAGCGGUCCGCACAAGUGCAUCGGGAUCGAAUACGCGAUAAUGAACACUGCCCUGGUGCUUGGGGACGCGGCCGUGCUCUUGAAUUGGGAGCAUGAGCUCACCCCGUUGAGCGACAAGGUCCAGAUCAUCGCGACGCUCUUCCCACAGGACGGUUGCAAGCUCAAGUUUAGCUCGCGUCGGCAUGCGUAAUUGUAGCUGUUCCUCCUUCUUUAUUGGGUUCGGGCGGGGACCACUGUAGCCUGGGGUAGCUAACUCUUGGCAGAUAUGAUUGUGCGAUUUUAUUUGGCUCUGACCUAGAACAUACCCAUACCCCGUAGUAAGUAGUAAUACCACCUCAUUUUGCACUGU